AUGACAGCCUCGCAACCCAAGUGGUUUACGCCUCUCAGGCUCCUAGGCAUCUUCUGUUUGACAAACCUGGUGGUUUACCUUGACCGAGGCCUCAUCGCUAGCAAUGGAGUUAACGGCUCGCCUCGAACUGAGGAAAACCCAAGCGGAACUGGCAUCCAGGGCGAUUUCAAUUUAUCAUACUUCGCGGAUGGUCUGCUGCCAGCUAUCUUCAUGGUGGGACUCCUCCUAAGCUCCCCGGUGUUUGCGGAAGCGGUCAAGCACUGCAGCGCCUUCCGCAUGUUGGGCUGGGGCAUGGCAGUAUGGUCCGCGGCUGUGGUGGCCUGCGGGGCAGCGCCCAACUUUGGUUGCCUCCUGGCGGCUCGUGCGUUUGUGGGGGUGGGGGAGGCGUCCUUCGUCGCGCUGGCUGCACCGUUUAUCGACGACUUCGCGCCUGCCGCCCAGAAGACUCGCUGGUUCGCCGCCUUCUACCUGUGCAUUCCCGUGGGCUUCGCUGCGGGCUACAUCUUCGGAGGGCUGGUCAGCGCCGUGACCACUUGGCGCUGGGCCUUUGUGUGCGAGGGGCUGGCGAUGGUGCCCUUCGUGGUGUUCGUGUUGACUGCGCAACCGCUGAGUCUGAAGGGCUCGGAACCGGCGGGUGCGAGACGGGUAUCGGCGGUGGGGAAGAGGGAAAAGGGUCAUCACCGCUCCCAGCACUACGACCGCCGCAGCUGGCGAGAUGUCGUACGGGAGUUCCUUGCUGACGUGGCCACCGUGUGUCGACAGCGCGUGUGGGUUUCGGUUUGCAUCGCCUACACCGCCUACGUGGCUGUGCUGGGUGUGUAUGCGUACUGGGGCCCCAAGGCCGGCAGGGCGCUGUUCUUCGGUGCGGACGACUCGGGAGGCUCCGCAGAUCUGGUGUUUGGCGGCGUGACGGUGAUUACGGGGGUGGUUGGCUCGGUGGCUGGAGGACUGGCGCUGGACAAGAUGGGCUCCACCCUUCGUAACGCCAACCUGCUAUGUGGUGUAUCCACUUUGGCGGGGUGCUGCUUCCUGCUGCUGGCCUUCACCACUUCGCGAACCUUCGCGGCCUUCAUGGGGGUGUUCGCGCUGGGGCAGCUGGUCAUAUUCCUGCUGCAAGCCCCCGUGGCGGCCACGGGUAUGUGGUGUGUUCCCCCGGAGUUGCGGCCCCUGGGCGCCUCCCUCACCACCGUGUCCAUACACCUGCUGGGAGACGUGCCCUCGCCCCCCUUGGUGGGGCUCCUGCAGACCCGCCUAGCCGCGGGUAAGGACCCUGGGCAGGCCGCUCAGCAGUGGCGGAUAUCCCUCAGCGUGUGCACGCUGCUGCUGCUGCUGAGUGGGGGCAUGUUUCUGCUGGCCGCGGCACAGUCCGGGCCCGGGUCGGAUUUUCGGGAUCAACCGCCGCAGCCGCAGCAGGUGGGCAGGGCGGGGGAAGGGGGCGGGGGAGAGGAGGAGGGUGGGGAGGGGUGUGGGAGUGGUAUAGGGAGGAGAGGGAGCGGGUGUGGGGAAGGAGUGAGGGGGGUGGCUGUGGGAGUGGGAGGGGGGGAAGGGGAGGGGGGUCUGGAUGGGCGGCCGCUCUUAGGGGAGAGGGAAGGGAGGGUUAGCAGUAGCAGCCGGUUUAGCGGCGUGGAAGAUCUUAGCGAGUAG